UUAUAAAUUAUUUAUUGCUUCUUCUUAAUCAUUUUUUGGUUUUAAUUAUUAUAUUUAUUAUUCAGUUUUUUAUUCUUCAUUUAAUAUUUCAAAAUCGCUAGAAUUUUCAUUUUUUUAUUUAUUUGUUUCUUCUUGAUUAUUUAAUUCAUUUGAAUUUUCUAAAAAACAGAAACCCUCUUCCUUUUUUUUUUCGUCAUCUUCUUUUUUUUCACUUUUAUCUUCCUCUUUUAAAUUUUCAUUUUUUUUAUUUUCUUCUUGUUCAAUUUCACUUUCUUAUUAAUAAUCUACAUUUUAAUUAGUUUCUUCGGUUUAGUUUCCUUCUUAUUUUUAUUCUUUAUCGGUUUCACAUAGAUUUUAUUCUUCGUUUUUUUUAUUCUAUAUUUUUUCAAUACUAUUAUUUAAGUUUUCGUUAUUAUUUUCUUCUUAUUUAUUUUGUUUUUUGUGUUAUGUUUCAUAAUAUUCGCUUUAUUCUUGACUUUAAUCAAUAUUUUCUGUUUAUUUUUAUUAUUAAUUAUCUUCUUUUUAUUAUUCAUUUAUUUCUUACCUUUUUUUCUAGUCUUAUUUCUUUUCUUAUUCUUUUAAAUAUUUCUAUUUUAAUUUUUUUAAUUUUUUUUAUUUUCCUUAUUUUAAAUUUUCUUAUUUAUCCUCUUGAUUUUAAUCUUGCUUUUUCUCUUGUUUUUCCUAUUAUUUUUCCUUUUAAUUUUCUUCUUUUUUUUCUUCUUUUUUAUCAUCUUUUUUUUCAUUUUGUUUAACUUCUUGUUUUACCUCUUAAUUUUCAACUUAUUUUUCGUCUUGUUUAUCCUCUUGUUUUUCUUCUUAUGUUUCCACUUAAUUUUCCUAUUGUUUUUUCUCUUCUUUAUCUUCUUCCUUAUCCUUAUCCUCUUCCUUAUCCUAUUAAUUAUCCUCUUGUUUUUCCUCUUAUUUAUCCUCUUGCUUUUUCUCUUGUUUUUCCUCUUAUAUUUUCUAUUAUAUUUCCUCUUAUUUUUAAUCUUAUUUUUCAUCUUAUUUCUCAUCUUAUUUUUCCUCUUAUUUUUCCCCUUGUUUAUUCUCUUGUUUAUCCUUUUUUUUAAUCUUAUUUAAGCUCUUGUUUUUCCUCUUAUUUUUACUCUUAAUUUUCAUCUUAUUUUUCCUCUUGAUUUUCAUCUUGUUUUUCCUCUUGAUUUUCUUCGUUUUUUUCCUCUUAUUUUUCAUCUUGUUUAUCCUCUUAUUUUUCAUUUUAUUUUUACUCUUAAAUUUCCUAUUGUUUUUUCUCUUGUUUAUACUAUUUUUUAUCCUCUUAUCUAUCAUCUUGCUUAUCCUCUUGUAUAUCCUCUUUUUUAUCCUCUUAUUUAUCAUCUUGUUUUUCCCCUUGUUUAUCCUCUUAUUUUUCAUCUUAUUUAUCCUCUUGUUUAUCCUUUUUUUUUUUCUCUUGAUUUUCAUCUUGUUUUUCCUCUUAAUUUUCAUCUUGUAUAUCCUCUUUUUUAUCCUCUUAUUUAUCAUCUUGUUUUUCCUCUUGUUUAUCCUCUUAUUUUUCAUCUUAUUUAUCCUCUUGUUUAUCCUCUUGAUUUUCUCCGUUUUUUUCCUCUUAUUUUUCAUCUUAUUUUACCUCUUGAUUUUCAUCUUGUUUUUUAUUUUAUAUUUACUCUUAAUUUUCAUCUUAUUUUUCCUCUUGAUUUUCAUCUUGUUUUUCCUCUUGAUUUUCUUCGUUUUUUUCCUCUUAUUUUUCAUCUUAUUUUACCUCUUGUUUUUCCUAUUUUUUAUCCUCUUAUUUAUCCUCUUACUUAUCUUCUUUUUUUUCCUCUUUUUUUUUAUCUUGUUUAACUUCUUGUUUUUCCACUUAUUUUUCAUCUUAUUUUACCUCUUGUUUUUCUUCUUAUUUUUCCUCUUGAUUUUCAUCUUAUUUUUCCUCUUGAUUUUCAUCUUGUUUUUCCUCUUGAUUAUCCUCUUUUUUUUCCUCUUAUUUAUCCUCUUGUUUAUCCUCUUGUUUGUCCUCUUGUUUUUCCUCUUUUUUUUCAUCUUGUUUAACUUCUUGUUUUUCUUCUUAAUUUUCUUCUUGUUUUUCCUCUUAGUUUUCCUCUUGUUUAUCCUCUUGUUUGUCCUCUUGUUUUUCCUCUUUUUUUUCAUCUUGCUUAACUUCUUGUUUUUCCUCUUAAUUUUCCUCUUGUUUUUCCUCUUAGUUUUCCCCUUGAUUUUUUUCUUAUGUUUCAACCUAAUUUUCCUAUUUUUUUUCUUCUUAUUUUUCCUCUUAUUUAUCUUCUUCCUAUGUUUCCACUUAAUUUUCUUCAUUUUUAACGGACAAAGGUGAAUAUUCUAUGUCUUUUCUAAUAAAAACUUCAUCAGGAUCAUCAUCCAAUUAAUUUUUCUUGGGUGUAUUUUCUUAAAAUGAUUAAUUUUUUUUCAACUAAUCAAAACUUGGUUCUUCUAAUACUUUAAAAACAUUAAUUAAAUCCUAAAACAUGAUAUAGUCCUGGAAAAUUUUCCUAUUUGGUUUAAAUUUUAGAAUAUAUUCAAUAAUGAACUAACAAUUAUUAAAAUUAUUAUUUUUCCCUAAACACAUUUCCAGAAUAGUCUUGAAAUUUUAUAAAUCCUUAUUAAGUUUACUUCCUAUCGGUUAGAAUUUCUCGAAAAGUUUUUUUAUUAAUUCCAAAUCUUUUUUUUAUAUAUUCAUAAGUUAAUUUAAUACCUAAAUAGCCUAAUUUUCCUACUUUCCCAUCUUAUAUUCAUCUAUUUCUUGGAAAUAUUUCUAGAAUAAAACACUCUUGUAUACUUCUUUUAAGGAAAUUCUCUAUUUAGGAUCCGUUAUUAGCAUCCUGCGGAUUAUAUCUUUGGAUACUUCAGAUGUUUAUAGCCCAUAAUCGAAUAUUAAAGACAUUUAUUUAAUGUUUUAUGCUAAUUCUUCCUCUGUUUUACCUUUCC